UUGUGACUAAUAUUUACAUAUUUUAUAGUUGAUUCAAAUUUUAAUUUACUUCUAAAAAAUGUUUUCCAAACUAGCCUUGCUCAUCCAAGGCCUCUUGGUCAUGGUUGUUUUGAUCUCUUCCAUGGGGGAAGCUAGGUACUUGGUUGAGGUUGUUACAAAGCAAAAUGAUGUGAAUGGUGUUAAAGAAAAUGGCACUGCAAGUACUGAUUGUUGGUGGCCUGGAUGGCCUGGUUGGCCCACAUGGCCCGGCACGGGUACACCAAGUACACCUCCUCCAACUCCUGAAACACCCAGUUCACCUCCUCCGACACCUGAAACACCUAGUCCACCUCCUGUAGCAUACUCACCUGGUUCACCUCCUGAAGCUGAAACACCUAGUUCGCCUCCUGAGGCUGAAACUCCCGGUUCACCUGCACCUAGUCCAGCCUAUGUUCUGUGAAGUUUUUUUACUAUGAAAAAUAAUGUUGAUUUAUUAUUAUGUGAUGCUUAAUUAUUGAACACAUAUUAGAAAUAUAUUUGAUUUCAUAAUGAGAAUAUAUUGCUAGAUUUUUUA